CCUGGGUCGGGGCGAGUGGCAGCUGCCAGGCCGGGAAUGAUCAGAUCAUUAGAGUCAUCAUGCCUCCUGCUCUUCCGUCGCCUGUCCCAAACUGAAGUCAUCGACUCGAUUUUCCUGCCCCAAGUCCCAAGUCCCAAGUCUGCCCGACUCCAGCUGGUGUGCACGCGCGUCCCUCAGGGGGUUGGGUCUGGCCCAAAUGCGGAUGCCUACUUAUGCUUUUCAUUACCCGCCGGGCCGCGCUCUGAUUUGUCUAGCACCGGCAAGCUAGAGGAUUUUUAUGGCGCCGGGGGAGCCAAACGGCUGGCAAUCAUGGAUGGUUCCAUCCUCCCACUGCAUUACGAAAUUACCGCCCUCCAUGCUUGUGGGGUGCAACUGCAGACUUACAGACUCGCAGAGGUUAAGAUCCGAUGCCAGUGGAUCUGUUCUGCCGCUGUUCACACUUCAGUCGUCCUGGGUCGCAAUACCUUGGUGCAGGUGGACACCAUCCAUCCCACGGCGCUUGUUGUAUGCCCCAAAAGAUCUACACCACAAUCGCGUCCGGUCUCACUGCAAUGUCCACUGUCCGCCCACCACUACACAGUGCUUGUUGGCCGUCUACGUAGGACACUCCAUGCCCUUGUUCACACCGACCUUGUUCACCUGCUUUCUUCUGCCCCUCCACCUUCUCUUUCGCCCUUUCUCACCGCCUACAUCAGAUCGCAUGCUGCUAUUAAUAACCUUGCAUUUCCACGAGUUUCUGCAACGAGCCAAUGAGACGCACUGCUGCGACUGAAACCAUUGUGGUGCGUACCGAUCCAGCGCAAGGAGCAAAGGCGAUGCAACCUAGCAAACUCCUAUCUGGAUUGCGGCCACUAGCAAGACAGCAUUAAGGACUGAGGUCUCAGUACCCCAUACAUAUGAGACGUCAGGUCCUUUAUCGAUCACCUUGAACUGUCAAAUGAUAAAUCUCCAGCAGAGGUUAUAUUCCGGCCGAUCUACCUUUGUUUCAACCGUGGACCUGGACCCUGUGCCUGUGCCGGU